ACCUCAAAAGCGCACCGCAAAUCUGUCUGUGCUGGUGCAAAGACGGUCUCGAACACCUCCAUCGCCGUCGGAGAUAAGGUAGUUGAGCUCGUAGAGCUUUCUUGUGGCAGCGCGCCGGUCAGCAAACGUCAAAACAUCAAUCUUUUCGGUGACGUUUGUGCGUUGACUGCCUUUUCUACGGAGUGCUUUACUGGUGACACCGCUCCGGCUACCGAGGACUGCCAGACUAUCUUCAAUGCGAUUAUGUCUAUUAGUUCCGUGACGCCGACAUUUCAGAUUGCGGGAGAUGCCGAGAUGGUCCUAACUUCUGGGACCUGCCAAUUCUUCUUUGAUAACGAUGAAGACACUACGGGCGAGUUUUGCUGG